AUGAAGAAAAUCCUAAAGAUGAUUGCUCUUGGAACAGUAACUAAUGUGGAAGAAGCAGUAAAGUGGAUAAGUUACACUUAUCUUUAUGUACGGAUGAGAGCAAAUCCAUUAGUAUAUGGCAUCAGUCACAAAGCUUAUCAGAUGGAUCCAGGUCUAGAAAAGCACAGAGAACAAUUGGUAAUUGAAGUCGGCAGAAAACUGGACAAAGCCCGCAUGAUUCGCUUUGAAGAGAGAACUGGCUUUUUUUCUUCAACAGAUUUAGGCAGAACCGCCAGCCACUACUAUAUUAAAUACAAUACUAUCGAGACUUUUAAUGAAUUGUUUGAUGCUCAUAAAACAGAAGGUGAUAUUCUUGCUAUAGUAUCAAAAGCUGAAGAAUUUGAACAGAUAAAGGUAAGAGAAGAAGAAAUAGAAGAACUAGAUACCUUACUGAAUGAUUUCUGUGAACUUCCUGCUCCAGGAGGUGUGGAAAACAAUUAUGGAAAAAUUAAUAUCCUCCUUCAAACAUACAUUAGCAGAGGGGAGAUGGACAGCUUCUCCCUUAUUUCGGAUUCUGCGUAUGUUGCACAGAAUGCAGCUCGUAUUGUUCGAGCUCUUUUUGAGAUUGCCCUUAGGAAACGUUGGCCUGCAAUGACGUAUCGACUACUGAAUCUCAGCAAAGUCAUUGACAAGCGGCUGUGGGGCUGGGUUAGCCCUUUGAGACAGUUCUCAGUGUUACCACCAUCAGUACUUUCAAAGUUGGAAGAGAAGAAUCUCACUAUAGACAAGAUGAAGGACAUGAGGAAAGAUGAAAUAGGUCAUAUGCUGCAUCAUGUGAAGAUUGGGUUAAAGGUAAAACAGUGUGUCCAUCAAAUCCCCUCCAUCAUAAUGGAAGCAACAAUUCAGCCAAUUACCCGCACGGUCCUCCGAGUUCGGCUGAACAUCACUCCUGACUUCACAUGGAAUGAUCAGGUACACGGCACUGUUGGAGAGCCCUGGUGGAUUUGGGUGGAAGACCCUACUAAUGAUCACAUUUACCAUUCAGAGUACUUCAUUGUUCAAAAAAAACAGGUCAUUACUAAAGAACCUCAACUGCUGGUCUUCACAAUCCCAAUUUUUGAACCUCUGCCUUCUCAAUAUUACAUUCGAGCUGUGUCCGAUAGGUGGUUAGGAGCAGAGGCUGUAUGUAUCAUAAAUUUUCAACAUUUGAUUCUUCCAGAGAGACAUCCUCCACACACAGAGCUUCUAGAUCUUCAGCCUUUGCCUAUCACAGCCUUGGGACAUCGGGAAUAUGAAGCCCUGUACAAAUUUACACACUUCAACCCUAUCCAGACCCAGAUAUUUCAUACGCUUUAUCACACAGACUGUAAUGUUCUUCUUGGAGCACCUACAGGUUCUGGAAAAACUGUUGCAGCUGAAUUAGCCAUCUUCAGAGUUUUUAACAAGUAUCCCACAUCAAAGGCAGUGUAUAUUGCACCCUUAAAAGCACUCGUUCGAGAAAGAAUUGAGGACUGGAAAAUUAGGAUUGAAGAAAAACUUGGUAAAAAGGUUGUAGAGUUGACAGGAGAUGUGACUCCUGAUAUGAGAGCUAUUGCCCAAGCUGACCUGAUUGUUACUACCCCAGAGAAGUGGGAUGGUGUUAGCAGAAGCUGGCAGAACAGAAGCUAUGUUCAGAAAGUUUCCAUUCUUAUCAUAGAUGAGAUCCAUCUGUUAGGGGAUGAGAGAGGCCCAGUAUUGGAAGUUAUUGUGUCUCGAACAAACUUCAUCUCAUCGCACACAGAGAAGCCUGUUAGAGUAGUUGGUUUAUCCACUGCUUUAGCAAAUGCCAGAGACCUUGCUGACUGGCUAAAUAUUAAUCAGAUGGGUCUGUUCAACUUCCGACCGUCAGUACGCCCGGUUCCUCUGGAGGUGCAUAUUCAGGGCUUCCCUGGGCAGCAUUACUGUCCUCGCAUGGCUAGCAUGAACAAACCUGCGUUUCAGGCGAUUCGGAGUCAUUCUCCAGCCAAGCCUGUUCUUAUUUUUGUAUCAUCCAGACGUCAGACAAGGCUUACUGCUUUAGAUCUGAUAGCUUUCCUAGCCACCGAGGAUGAUCCCAAACAAUGGCUGAAGAUGGAUGAAAGAGAGAUGAAUGACAUUAUUGUAACAGUUAGAGAUUCAAAUCUGAAGCUGACACUUGCUUUCGGAAUAGGCAUGCACCAUGCAGGUCUGCAUGAAAGAGACAGGAAAACUGUGGAAGAAUUGUUUGUGAACUGCAAAAUCCAGGUUCUUAUUGCCACAAGCACAUUAGCUUGGGGUGUAAAUUUUCCAGCUCAUUUAGUAAUUGUUAAAGGAACAGAAUACUAUGAUGGAAAAACAAGGCGUUAUGCGGAUUAUCCCAUUACAGAUGUGCUUCAGAUGAUGGGACGUGCUGGCAGACCACAGUUUGAUGACCAAGGAAAAGCUGUAAUUCUAGUUCAUGAUAUUAAGAAAGACUUCUACAAAAAAUUCCUUUAUGAACCUUUCCCAGUGGAAUCAAGCUUGUUAGAAGUGCUGGCUGACCACUUGAAUGCUGAAAUUGCUGCUGGAACUAUUACUUCUAAGCAGGAUGCAAUGGAUUAUAUCACCUGGACUUAUUUCUUCCGUAGACUUAUAAUGAACCCAACUUACUAUAACUUGGAUGAUGUGAGCCAUGACACUGUGAAUAAGUACCUCUCAAGCCUUGUUGAGAAAUCCCUCUUUGAUUUGGAAUGCUCCUACUGUAUUGAAAUUGGGGAGGAUAAUUGCAGCAUUGAACCUCUGACAUAUGGCCGCAUUGCUUCCUAUUACUAUUUGAAGCAUCCAACUAUUGGAAUGUUCAAAGAUCAGUUGAAACCUGAAAGCAACAUUGAAGAAUUGCUCUUAAUUCUGACAAAUGCUGAGGAGUACACAGAUUUGCCAGUGAGACACAAUGAAGAUCAGAUGAACAGUGAACUGGCACAAUAUCUUCCGAUUGAAGUCAACCCCCAUUCAUUUGACAGUUCACACACAAAAACACACCUCCUGCUGCAAGCCCACUUCAGUCAUGCCAUGCUGCCUUGCCCAGAUUAUGCAACUGAUACGAAGACGGUGCUGGACCAAGCAAUUAGAAUAUGUCAGGCAAUGCUGGAUGUCGCAGCACAUCAUGGCUGGUUGGUGACUGCUCUGAAUAUAACCAGUCUGGUGCAGAUGGUGGUUCAGGGUAGAUGGAUACACAACUCUUCCCUGCUUACUUUGCCCAAUGUAGAGCCACAACACCUCUACCUUUUUCGGAAGUGGAGCCAAGGCAAAAGGAAUAGCAUCCAUGGAGGUUACCAAGGACCUAUUGAGUGUCUUCCCGAACUAAUGGCUGCCUGUGAAGGAAAAGAGCAUGUUUUUGCUUCCAUUGUGGAUGGUGAAUUGCAAACAGCACACAUUUCACAGGCUUGGAAUUUCCUGUGCCGUUUGCCAAUUCUAAGCGUCAGCCUGAGCAUUAAGGGCUGCUGGGAUGACCCAGCUCAACCACAGAAUGAAGUGCCUGUUCCUUCUUUGGCAAUAGACACACGAGGUGACAAAAGAUGGAUCAAAUUGCAUGCUGAUCAAGAGUAUGUGCUCCAAAUAAAUCUGCAGAGAACCCAGAUGGGGUAUCAGGGAAAGCAGGACAGUAAAGCAGUGGCUCCUCGAUUCCCCAAAGUUAAAGAUGAAGGAUGGUUUUUGAUAUUAGGAGAAGUCGAUAAAAAAGAACUCAUCGCCCUGAAAAGAACUGGAUAUGUCCGAAAUCGAAAUACUGUUUCUGUUGCUUUUUAUACUCCAGAAACCCCUGGAAAGUGUAUCUACACAUUGUAUCUCAUGAGUGACAGUUACUUGGGCAUGGACCAACAGUACGAUAUUUACUUGAACAUUAUACCAACUAGUACUUCAGCACAAGUCACAACAGAGGUGUCUGAUGCUCUGAGUCACCUGACUCUGAAGUAAUGUGAUCUGAAAGGCCCAUCCAAAAGAACUGGUCUUGCAGUCAGACAUCCAGUCAUUCUGGAUGCCCAAAAAUGUAUUUGCCUUAGUGGAACCAACUUCAAACCUCAAGACAACUAGGAAAUUGAAAGCGACUACUGUAUUGACUCUGGUAACACAGAGUUAGCCACAGUGGCCUUAUUCCUUUAUGAAGAUUUGUCUUUUCUUGUUUCAUCUUUCUUCUCUCAGAAGUCAUAUU